AUUGAAGUCAAAGCAACUGACUCGGUAGAAAUAAAGAAGUUCAUACGAAAGGUAAACUAUGAGUUUCUAGGAUAUCAUUGCAACCAUAAAGUUAUGGACAAAGAUUGCGACAUGGUUUAUAAAAAUAUUUCUGACCUUUACAAAUCCGAAGAAUUUAAGACAUACGACAACUUUGUUUCAUUAGUUGCAAAAUGUGUAUGGCAGAUAAGAGAUAAAGAUAGAAGAGGUAAGGUAUGGAAUGAACAGAUAAAACCAGCAGCUUUUGAGUUAAAGAAAACCAUUGACGCCUUAGUUGUUCUAGCUGGUUUUAUUUCAAUGUAUAACGCAAAAAUGAUGCCGCAAUGUUCAAAAUGUAAAGCAGCAAUAAGAAAAUAUAACUACUCAGUCAAAGAGAUAGAAAGAAUGCGAAACGACUAUGCAGACUUAAAGAAAGAAACAGAAAAGCCAGCAGAAGAUAAAAUGGAUAUGUUAACAUUUCUUAAUAAAAACUAUUCAACAGCAGAAGAUUUCCUUCUGUCUGACGUCAAGAAGAAAUAUAAAGAGACUUUCGGCAUGAUUAAAACAUUCGAUGUACUAAAAGAAGAAAUAGAAGCUACGAAAUUGUUUAGGAUUUCAAAUAUACAUCGUACAAUUCAUGUAAAACGCUUGUGA